UAUUUUGAAACUUAAAAUUUUUAAACAGCACUUGCUGUAAAAAUGUCUUUCUUCUCUAAUUUUCUUUUCGCGCAGUAAUUAACAACUGAGUUGAUACCGUCAACAUAUGUAACAAUUUCAAAAAUAGUCACUUUUAUUAAAUGAUUUGAAAUAUAAUCUCUCAUCUCUCAAAGAUAAUUACGCACGUCAUCUACAAGAUAGUUUCUCAAGAGUUUACAUCAACAUGGCAAACGUCACGCUGACAAUGAAUUAUUUUAACAAAAGUUUUCGAAUGUACAAUGGAGUUUUUACUUCUUUUUUAAAAAAUUUCACAAAAGCAUGUAAUCUGUCGACAAAUGCCUCAACUGCAAUGGAGCAAACUGUCAAGGUCGAGAACAUAGAUAUCAAUUACGCCAAAUCCGGCAACGGAAAACAUCCAGUUCUUCUUCUUCCCGGAGCUCUAGGAACAAUUUGGACGGAUUUCAAACCGCAGUUGGAGGGCCUCGACAAGGAAAAGCUGACCGCGAUAGCUUGGGAUCCUCCCGGCUACGGCAAGUCGAGACCUCCCGCCAGAACGUUUCCUGCGAAUUUCUUCGAACGCGACGCAGAAUGGGCCCAGAAGCUCAUGCUCGAGCUGGGCCACGAGAAAUUCUCCCUGGUCGGUUGGAGCGACGGAGGAAUAACGUCCUUGAUACUGGCUGCGAGGUAUCCUGAAAAUGUCCGGAAAAUGAUAGUUUUCGGAGCCAACGCGUACAUCAAGCCAGAGGAGAUGGACAUUUACGAAAAAAUAAGAAACAUCGACUCGUGGUCGGAGCGCAUGCGAGCACCCCUGAUCGAGAUCUAUGGCGAGGAAUAUUUUCGACGUACUUGGAGCGAUUGGGUGGACGGGAUGAGAGGAAUUUUCCAGUCGAGAAACGGUGACAUCUGUAAAGGCGAAGUGAGAAAAAUCAAUUGUCCGACUUUGAUAAUACACGGAGAGAAGGAUCCCAUGGUAUUGAGAGAACAUCCAGAGUUUUUGAAAUCACACAUACCUGAUUCUCGGGUGGAAUAUUUCGAAAAAGGAGCUCACAAUCUUCAUUUGAGAUUUGCAAAAGAGUUCAAUGAAAUGGUCAACAAAUUUUUGCUGGAAUAAAAAGUUGUUAUUUUAAUUAUACCAGAUAAUGCAUGAUUAAGUCUG